AUGGAUGUUCCAAAUGAUUCACAUACAUUACUUCAUUUAAUACGUGAAGUUAAUGAACAAACAAAUCAUGAACAAUAUCCAAUUGUUGUUCAUUGCACGGCUGGAGUUGGUCGUACAGGUACUUAUAUUGCUAUUGAUGCAAUGCUCGAUAAAAUCAAGCAGGAGGAAAAAGUUGAUAUAUAUAAUUUUGUAUUACAAAUGCGUCGUGAACGUCAUUUGAUGGUACAAACAGUAAAACAAUAUGUAUUUAUUUAUCGAUCUUUACUUGAAUAUUAUCUUUAUGGUAAUACAAGAAUUGAAGCAAAUUCAUUUCGAUCAAUAUAUUCAAAUUUAAAAAACAAUAAACAAGUUUUAUUAAUUUCUGAAUAUAAUAAACUACCAUUAUUAUCCGUUGAAAAUAUUUCUCAUCGUGAUGCUCAUUUAUUGACAAAUAUACAUAAAAAUCGACAUACUCAAAUCGUACCAUAUGAUCAUAAUCGUGUUCGUUUAAGUCGUAUACUAGGACAUCCAUAUAUAAAUGCAUCAUUCAUUGAAGGAUAUUUACAUCAGUCUUCAUUUAUUAUAACACAAGAUCCAUUAUCAGAAACAAUUGAUGAAUUUUGGAGAAUAUUUAUUGAACAUGAUUCUAAUUGUAUUGUACAAUUACAUACAACUAUAGAAUCUUCUUCAAAAUGUGCAAUUUAUUACCCAAAUGAUAUUGAUUGUACAAUGAAAAUUAGUACAACUAUUUUAUUAAAAUUAGUAGAAAAUGAAAUAAUAGAAGAAAAAUAUAUUAUUCGUCAAUUUUGUUUAACAGAUACACGUGAAAGUCUAUCAAAAAUAAUUUAUCACUAUGAAUAUCUUAUUCCUAUAUGUAAUAAUGAUGAAUAUGAAAAUGAACAAUGCAUUCCAACGGUAUUAAUACAUAGUUUAUUUGAUUUUAUUGGUCAUAUCAACAAACAAUUAGAUAGAAGCAAUCACAAUCGAUAUAUAACUGUUCAUUGUGGGUAUGAAAUAAUAUAG